AAGUAUAUGUGCGAACGCAUGCCAACUACUUCCCUGCUCUUCAUAGUCACGACUCACGCCCACUCUCUCUCUCUCUCUCUCUCUCUCUCUCUCUCAGGUGGAUGAAUGGUUAGAACAAAUUUAUGAAAAUUGAAGUUUGGUAAACUGGGUUUGGUUUCUUAAGAGCAGAUUGAUUGUCGCAGAAAGAGGAAAAUGGUGAUCAUAACCCAGGAUAUGAUAAAGCAAUUCCAGAAUCUGAUAGAAGCAUUUGACGAACCUAUCAAGAUCAUAUACGAGAAUUUGCAUCAAGGAUAUCCAACUGAGACUAUUGUUCGGUUUCUUAAAGCACGAGACGGAAACAUCUCCAAAGCUCAUAAAAUGCUUGUUGAUUGUCUAAAUUGGAGGAUUGAAAACCAGAUCGACAAAAUAUUGUCGAAACCAAUCGUUCCUGUUGAACUUUAUAGAUCAGUGCGUGAAUCCCAGCUUAUAGGCAUGUCGGGUUACACAAAAGAUGGGCGACCUGUUAUUGCUGUUGGUGUAGGGCUUAGCACAUAUGACAAAGCAUCUAUUCAUUGCUAUGUUCAAUCACACAUCCAGAUAAACGAAUACAGAGACCGCAUAAUUUUGCCAUCUGCAACAAAAAAUUUUGAACGACACAUAAGCACAUGUGUCAAGGUUCUUGAUAUGACUGGGCUCAAACUUUCCCAUCUCAAUCAAAUCAAGUUAUUAACUGUUAUAUCUAGCAUCGAUGACUUAAACUACCCAGAGAAGACAGAUACUUACUAUAUAGUGAAUGCACCAUAUGUAUUUUCAGCUUGCUGGAAGGUUGUGAAGCCACUCCUGCAAGAAAGAACAAGAAAGAAGGUCCAGGUGCUUUCGGGUUGUGGGAAAGAUGAACUCUUGAAGAUAAUGGAUUACGAAUCUCUACCCCAUUUUUGUAGAAGACAAGGGUCUGGAUCAUCAAAGCUUGCAAGAAACAACAGCAAUGGUGAUGAUGAUUCUUGUUUCUCAUUGGACCAUGGGUUCCACCAGCAGCUGUAUAACUACAUAAACCAACAAGCUGCUGGUCUAAAACCGCGGGCCCCACUCAAGCAAGGAUCUUUUCAUGUGGAGUUCCCUGAACCUGAUCUAAUGGACUGUAAGAUUGUUCAAACGAUAGAAACUGAGUUUCAUAAGAUAGAGAACCAAAAUGGGUUUGCUGAUGAACAUGAUCACAAGGGUAAGAUAAAUGGUGAACAACAUUAGAAGGGAGAAGAAACAAAUGUUGGAACUCGCAAUUGAUAAUUAUUCAAUUGUGUAUGAUAAUUAUAUAAUAGAUAUAUCUUGUAACGUUAUGUUAUGUUGUAAUUUUUAUAAACGCGUUUCACACUCCCUUGAAACGAAAUGAAACGAAAAUAGUGUUUUUGACCUUAAAAGUCGAAUAUAGUCGAUGAAGCACACACAAUAAAGCAUGAAUUUUAUCAUGUCCAUUGAAGUCUGGU